UAUAUAUUCCACAGUUCCACACCAUAACUUUCCCAGGCUUGGCAGUUUAGCUAGCAGUCUUGUAUCUCUCAGACCUCCGCACAGUAAGAAGAAUGGCGACAGAGCUUGAAGAAUUAAUCGACUUUCUUUCUUCUCCUUCUCCUCCUGUGAAAAAGGCAGCUGUUGAUAUAGUUCAGGGACUCACUGGCUCUGAAGAUGGUUUGCAAGCGCUUGGCUCGUAUUCGGAUACUGUACUUCCGCCAUUGUCCCGCCUUUUAGGUGAAAAGAAGGAAGUUUCAGAACCAGCAGUGGAAGCACUUAUUAAUCUUUCCCAAAACUCAGACGUAGCUGAAAAGAUGGUCAAUAUGGGUAUGAUUAAAAUAGCCAUGGAAAUGCUAUAUAAGCAAGAUUCUGAAAUUAAAAAGUUCCUAGUCAUGCUCCUUGUUAAUCUUACACGUUUGGAUGUUGGAAUUGACGCGUUGCUUCAGUCUGGAGAUGACAAGAUGCACAGCCUGUAUGUCAUGAAACUUGUGAGAUCAUUUUGUACAUCGAAUAGUGACCUAGAUGGUGAUGCUUUUGAACAUGCUGGUUCUAUACUAGUAAAUAUUUCUAAAAGUGAAGCUGGGAGAAAGCUUUUAUUGGACCCUAAGCGAGGGCUUCUUAAACAGAUUCUUAGGCAGUUCGAUUCUACUAGUGUACUGCGUAAAAAGGGGGUGUUGGGAACUGUUCGCAACUGCUGCUUUGAAGCUGAGAGUCAGUUACAGAAUUUACUUUUGGUAUCUGAAUUUUUAUGGCCAACCCUACUUCUUCCAGUUGCCGGAAAGAAGGUUUACAGUGAACAAGAUACAUCUAAAAUGCCCCUUGAACUUGGGAGCACCCUCCUUAUCGAGCGUGAAUCAGUCGAUGACCCUGAAAUUCGUGUUGAAGCACUUGAAGCUAUAUAUUUGAUUGCAGUACAGGAUGGGGGCCGAAGGGCUUUAUGGUCAGUUAAUGGACCUCGGAUACUUCAAGUCGGGUACGAAGAUGAGGAAAAUUCGAAAGUAAUGGAAGCUUAUGAACGAGUUGGCUCUUUGCUGGUCGAGGGCAGCGACAUCGAGGAUACAACCAUAAAAGCAUCAUAGAUUUUCCAAGUUAUUACUGCCUACUCAGAGUGGGAAUCCUUCGCAAUGCUAGGAGAGUGGAACUUGUGACUGUUCAGUAUUCAGCCCUGCAGUGUGCAAAAACUUGUCCUGAGCGCCAUAGUAUUAGGGAAUUGGGCUUGAACAAUAGUUAGGUUCAUUUCGAUAAAAUUUUGCCAUGAUAAUCCUCAUAUGAAUUUGUUUUAUACGGUAUGAUUAUGAAACUGUCAGAACUAGUGUAUUGGUUUAGAAUGUUCAUAUUCUGGAGACAGAGAUAAUGAUGUUACAAAUUGGGAUUGUAACAUGUGGUUUAGUUUGCUGGGCAUGCCUAUGUCCAUGUUUACAGCAUAAAAGAAGAGCUAUUCUGGACUCCAUGUUAAAUUGAAUAUGAAAUCGAAUGUGGCGGUUUUAAUUUUUGGUA